AUGUCCAAAUAAAAUCUCAUUAUAUGGACAUACCAUUUUCUUAUUAUUGGACAUGUAAGUUGUUCCCAGUAUUUUGCUAUGAUAAUAAUAUAGAAAGGACAUCUUAUUGCAAAAAACUGCCUGUAUUUCUGAUUUUUUUCCUUAGGAAAGUUUCUUUUAAAUGCAAUUUCCUGGGCCAAAGAUCAGAAUGGUUUUUUGAGGCUUAUGCUGUGCUGGCCAGAGAAGGGCACGAGGUCAUCCUGGAGAAGAUAGAAGACUGGAAUGUGGUAGAACUCAUGGUGAAUGAAGAAGUGGUCUUCCACUGCAACAUCAAGGACUUGGAGUUUGGAGGCGAUGGUAAAUUAGACCCACUGUGUGAAAAGGCCAGGAUAGCCGUGCUGAAUGCUUACUGAUCUCAUGCAACAGGCGUCUCGAGCGGGCAGAGCCGCAGCUGCCCCAACCACUCUGUGAUGCACACAGGAGUGGCCGUGCUGGGGCUUGGACACCGGACUCUACCAGUCAGAACCGGACGAUGCCGGCCUGUCCGUCAGCUUACACAGCAUCCAGUUUCUCACCUGGCUGCGUAGGGGCCCAGAAAUAAUAAAACCACAUCAUUUGCAGCAUCUCUUGAUCUCGACCCAUAGGGAGAGCCCUCCAAUAUUAGGUGCGCACUGAGCUGAAGGAAAUAAUAAAAUGCAAUCUAAUAACAA